UAUGGACACAAGGGCAAGUCCAUUGGAAAAGGCAGUGGCAACAAUGCAAUAGUCACCAGCAAUCUCAUGACAGUUCAACAGCUGGGACCUCUUUCACCUUCAGUGAAUCACCUUUCAACAGCAUGCAGCCAGAUCAGCCCUUGCUUACAAAGGUCUAUGGAUGCUUCCAGCCUGGGUGCUUCUCCAUCAGAUAUAAGGUCACUCUUGUCAUGUGAGACUCUGGCCUCUACAACGUUAAGCUUGUCAGAAGGUCACUCCCCUGUGAGUGCUGAACAAGAGUGGUCACACAGGUACAGGACACUUUCUUCUGCUCCUCCUGACCAUGGUUUACAAAAUGGCAGUGACCUGGGGAACUUAAUAAAUUUUUUGCCUGAAGCAUCUACAUCCAGUAACUCAUUACUGUCCUACUUAUAUGGCAUGGAAAAUAAGAGUUUCACUUACUCUAGUGCUUGCCAGUCCUCAGUCUGGUCUCAAUCAGCCCACUCCAAAAAGAGAGCACUCUCUGUAUCUCCUCUGUCUGACGGCAUUGGGAUCGAGUUCAAUACAAUCAUUCGUACAUCCCCAACUUCUCUGGUGGCCUACAUCAACAGCGCCAGGGCAUCGCCAGCAAACGUCUCCACACAGCCUGAGGUCUAUGGACAUUUUUUGGGAGUAAGAGGAAGCUGUAUACCCCAAAACUGCUCUGUUUCAACUGCCCAGAAAGGCUUCCACAUGGCGAAUGGCAGUGUCACUUUUUCAGGGUAUGUUGAGAAUGGGACAGGUGAGUACCAGCGGAUGCAGCAGCUGGAGCAAGCCAGCUUACAGAUGGGUGCCACAAAUAACAUGGUGAUCCAGCAGGGUGUGCUGCCCAUGGACAGCCAAGCAAUGGAGAUCUUGAAAAAUGAACAGCUGGAUGACUUCUCAGGCCCUAUUGGUGACAUGCCUCUUUCAUCCCUGGUGCUGCCACCACCUCCUCCACAAGGGCCGCCCCCGCCGUACCAUGCCCACCAGCACUGCCAUCCGCACGGCCUGCCCAGCCACAUCCCCCCGCUGCAGGUGCUGCCUCCUGCCCCGGGCGCCCUGCUGGAGGAAGAUGGCGAGCUGGACGAUUCCAAUGGCAAGCAUGGCUGUUGCUGGGUUGACUGCGGGAAGCUGUAUGACCAUCAAGAGGAGCUUGUGCGGCACAUAGAGAAGAUCCACAUAGACCAGAGGAAGGGAGAGGACUUCACCUGCUUCUGGGCAGGGUGCCCUCGAAGGUUCAAGCCAUUUAAUGCCCGUUACAAACUGCUGAUUCACAUGAGAGUCCACUCAGGAGAGAAGCCGAACAAAUGCACAUUUGAGGGUUGCAAGAAAGCCUUUUCCAGACUAGAAAAUCUCAAGAUUCACUUAAGGAGCCAUACGGGUGAAAAGCCGUACCUUUGCCAGCACCCGGGCUGCCAGAAAGCUUUCAGCAACUCCAGCGACCGCGCCAAGCACCAGAGGACACACUUGGACACUAAACCUUAUGCAUGUGAGAUUCCAGGAUGUACUAAGCGAUACACAGAUCCAAGUUCCCUGAGAAAACAUGUGAAAGCCCAUUCUUCCAAAGAUCAACAAGUCAGGAAAAAGUUGCGAUCAAGCUCAGAGAUUGGCCAGGACAUCCUGAAUGACUGCCUUGCAAUCCAGCCCCUCCAGCCAGCCCUGUCACCACAGGAUGCUGUAGAUAGUACCAUGGGACACUCCCCAGGGGCUGCUUGUGAUAUUUACCCAGCAGCUGUGAUCCCCAGCACACAGAUAAAUCAAAGUGGAGCAGCAGCUGGAGCAGUGUCCUUGUCCCACCCCAGCAGCCACUCUUCCCCAGGACACAACAUACAGGGCAGUCCUCUGCAUCCUCCCCAGAUACCUCUUCUCACAGCUGCAGACUCGGAGAGGUUUGUUGCUCCAGCUCCUUCUCAUCACAUCAGCCCCCAGAGAAUGACCGUUCAACAUCCCAUGAUGCAGAGACAGACUCCACAACCUCCUCAGCUUCCAGAGCUUGUGGGGAUGCCUCUAAAGAUGUACCAGCCAGCAGAAAACCCUUCUUUUCAGCCAAAUGCCCUUCACAUCCAGGGUUUUUAUGGGCAGCUUCAGACUUUCUGCCCUCCACAAUAUGCUGACACUCAGAAGAACCUUCAAGACAGUGUUUCUUGCAAUAUGGCUCCUCCUGUUGACUGCUCAGCUCUCACAUCAGCAGGCCAGGGAGGGCUUGGCAUUUUCCAUGGAAGUUUGUCAGAUCAUUCUGGUAUCAAAGUGUAUGACUUUCCUGCACGGUCUGUAGGUAUCAUUGGUGAUUCAGCUUGCAGCAUGCCAGAGGACAGCAGUUUCCUACAAGUAAAUGCAGUGGAUCAUUGUUCCAGCCAACUUUCUUCUGUAUACACUGAAGGCUAA